CAUACUUCCGGUCACGCUUGCGGCUUGGUUCUUUCUUUCUUUUAAAUCUGUCGUCGCUAUAGGGCGAUACAUGUGGAAUGUGUUACUCAUAUGUUCAGUAACGUAAAGACCACAUCUUAUUUGCAAGCAGUUUAAAAUAUCACGAAAAUUGUAUUCAAGCGCUUUGGAUUGUAAACUUCACAAUGCCUCAAAAUGAGUACAUGGAACGCCACAGAAAGCUGUACGGAAGGCGUCUUGAUUACGAAGAACGUAAACGUAAAAAGGAAGCUCGACUACCAAAAGAGAGGGCCCGUAAAGCACGCAAGUUACGAGGAAUUAAAGCAAAGUUGUUCAAUAAGGAGCGACGAAAUGAAAAGAUCCAAAUUAAGAAGAAUAUUCAAUCACAUGAGGAGAAAAAACUGAAAAAACAAGAUGAAAAGGUUGAGGAUGGAGCUUUACCUCAUUACUUGCUUGACAGGGGAGUCCAGUCAAGUGCUAAAGUGCUUUCCAAUAUGAUCAAGCAGAAACGCAAGGAAAAAGCUGGAAAGUGGGACGUGCCCAUACCAAAAGUUCGCGCCCAGUCGGAUGCUGAAGUUUUCAAGGUUCUAAAGACUGGAAAAACUAAGCGCAAAGCAUGGAAGCGAAUGGUUACAAAAGUCACAUUUGUGGGAGAGAAUUUUACUCGAAAACCACCUAAAUUUGAACGUUUUAUUCGACCAAUGGGACUACGAAUGAAAAAAGCUCAUGUAACCCAUCCAGAAUUGAAAGCUACCUUCCAUUUACCUAUUAUUGGUGUAAAGAAAAAUCCCAGUUCACCAAUGUUUACAUCGUUGGGUGUUAUCACAAAAGGCACAGUUCUAGAAGUUAAUAUCUCUGAGCUGGGAUUGGUGACACAAACUGGAAAAGUUGUGUGGGGAAAAUAUGCACAAGUUACAAACAACCCGGAAAAUGAUGGUGUUAUUAAUGCAGUACUUUUGGUUUAGUGGUUCAAGAAAUAAUUUUUUAAUUGAAAUUUUCACGUUAAUAAACCCAUAUAUAGACAACAAAA